CACCUCCCUCCUUUUAGCGGCCAUAGGCACGCGAGCUCCCUGCUCCUUCAUUUUGCUGCUUUAUUCUACACUGAAUCUGCUCCUCGCACCGCUGCUGUCAGGCUUGAACCUCGCCGUCAAGGCCUAGGCGGUCAGCUCGCCCCGCUUGACGUGCUGCCUGCACCAUGAAGAAGCAUUCGGCCAUCAGCCAAACCCAGUCUCAGACACUGGAACAUGCACGCUAUGGCCAGGUCCGCGAUAUCGCCAAGCAGCGUCGAAACUUGCUCCAGAACCCUCGCAAUGCUCUACAAGAAGCAACACGAGAGCGGCCGCCUCCCAAGCAUCUGUCGCCUCGAGAUUUUCAAAUUGAAUUGUUCAAACGAGCUCAGGAGCAGAAUACAAUCGCUGUUUUGGAUACAGGUAGUGGCAAGACGUUUAUCGCAGCAAUGUUGCUGAAGGAGCAUAUCCUCGGCGAGUUGGCAGCCCGAGAGCUCCACGCUAGAGAACUACUGCGGCAGCGAGAGCCAAACGAUCCAACUGUACCUCAUCGACCCCGAAAACUGGCCUUCUUCCUCGUAGACAAGGUUGCACUUGCUAUGCAACAAUCAGAGUUCCUCCAAUCUUCCUGUCCAGGCGAAAUUGGUUUCCUCUACGGUGCACUCGGCGUUGAUAACUACUCCAAGACUCAAUGGAUCGACAUCUACGACAAACAUCAUGCUAUUGUCAUGACUGCUCAGAUUCUCGUGACGUGUCUAGCGCGUGGCUUCAUCAGUAUGUCAGAGAUCUCGUUGCUCAUCUUUGACGAGUGUCAUCAUGCCGCUUCAAAUCAUCCAUUCGCUCUCAUCCUACGUGUCUACCACGAAGCAAAACAUGAUGACAGGCCGCGAAUUUUCGGCAUGACGGCAAGUCCAGUAUCAUCACGCAAGACGCCCCUCACAGUGAUUGAGAAGCUUGAAGCAACCAUGGAUGCGCGUGUCUGUACGCCCAGCCUCAGCUCGAGUCUGUCAAGUUUGGUUGUGAGACCUGAGGAAAUCAUUCUACGAUACGAUACCAUGGUGCCCGAGGACUUUGGAAUGGAGGUGGAUACAUACAGCCUGCGCAAGGGCGCAUCAUUCAACAAGAGCUUCAAAAAGUUGGUUGCUAGUGCAGAAUACGUCACGACUGAAUUAGGGCCUUGGGCUCGUGAGCGAUGCUGGAAGAUGCUUGUCCAAGAUGCAACAGACAAGUCGGAAGCUAAAUCGAUAUACAAGGAACGGGAGGGAGAAAAUCUUCAAGAAACGAAAGACAUGCUGCUUGAUGCGACCAAGAUUGUUGAUCAGCGAGAGGACGAGGUGAUUCAAGACCCUGUCUUGUCGCCCAAGGUAUCGCUGAUGUUGGAAUUGCUCAAUGAAAUCUACAGCGGCGCUGAGAAACGUGGCGAACCUAUUCCAGUCGUCUUGCUGUUCUGCGAGCGACGCGUGACGGCUUAUUUGCUACUCAGUCUUGUCGCUGAAAUCGUCAAAGACAAGAUGCAUCCUAACAUCAAGCCUUCCAUUUUUAUUGGGCAAGGUGGCGCCGACGAUGCGGGCGUAUCGAUGCUGAUUCGUCGACAGGUCUUCGUCGUGGAUUCAUUCCGACGCGGUGACUUCAACUUACUCUUUGCUACAAGCGUUGCAGAAGAAGGCAUUGACAUACCUGCCUGCAACUAUGUCAUACGGUUUGAUGCCUUUUCCAAUGUCGCACAGUACAUUCAAUCGCGUGGCCGGGCUCGACACCCUGGCAGUCGAUUCAUCAUGUUUCUCGAAAACAAUGCACCGAAGGCUGAGCAAGCAUUGUUGGACGUCAAAGUGGCUGAAGCUCGCAUCAGAGAAGUAUGCUCACAACUGCCAGAGGACCGUGUAGUUAGUGGCGUUGACGUCGAGAUGGGAAACUUGGAUGAUCAGGAAGAUGAUGCAUCUUUGGUGGCACAUCACUUCGAAGGACAAGCAAAUCCAUUACCUGAGUUUGCAGCGCUCAACGUCGUCAGUGCUUUCUGCAACUCACUUGGCACGAAUGACUUUGUCAUCAUGGCACCCACGUAUAAAGUCUCAGGGAGUGGUAUUCAAUGGCAAGGAUCUUGCACAUUGCCUGCCAUUUGUGGCAUUCCACCUGUAACAGGUCUUGUUCGAAAGAGCAGAAGAAGCGCGAAGUCUAGUGCAGCGCAUGCGGCUGUUGCUGCACUUGUCCAACGGAAGCUCGUUGAUGAAUACUACAAUCCGUUCAAGCCAGAAGUAAAUGAAGAAGUGGAUACAAAUGACGAAGCACUCCUCUUUCGCUCUCGUGAUCAAUGGCCUAUACGCAAACCACGACUAUGGCAGCCAAGAGUGGCAGAACGCUUCUUUGUCGCUCGAGUUACGACAGAUCGAGCAGAUGGUCACUAUGCACCUUUGCUCUUCAUCACAAAGGACGCACCUAUGCCACAGCUUCCUCUAGUUGAAUUCUCACAUGAAGGAAGAGCAUUCAGAAUGCAGGUACUCAUACUGGAAGGAUCAAUCACAUCGACUUCUGAGCGUCUCGCAGUCAUGAUUCAGUUUACGAGGCGACUGCUACGUUUCUCUAUCCACAAGCACUUUAUAGCAGACGAUCCAGGAGAUUAUCCCUGGUUCAUUGGCCUUGAUACUGGUACUGGCACACUCGAGGCAGAGGCUGCUAUCUCAUGGCAGGACAUGGAACACUGUGCUAUUGACCGGAGUGAGCAGCUCAAUCCAGCCUUGUCUCGAUACAAUCUUCACGACGCUCUUGUUCGAGAAGUCCUCCACAAUGCAGAUUACCAGUUUUGCGGAUUCGAUGCGUCCAUGACGGCAGACUCCAAGAUACCAGAGCACGAUGCUCGCUUCGACGCGAGUGCCCCCGAUACGACUUUGCGAGAAUUCUACACUACCAUCGAGCCAGACCAGCAAAUUGUUGAGGGCCAAAAAGUGAUUCAUGCUCGCAGAUUGUACAAAGGCUUCAACUACCUCGCUCCACCUGCCUCUCGGAAACGCAGUGCUGACGAGAUGGAGUCGACGGGAAAAAAGAUACGCAAACGGGAUGUUUACUUUUUGCCACAAUUCUGCAAAUUGGUCAAUAUGAAGGCCUCUGUUGUGUUGAUGGGUCGUUUGCUGCCAAGUCUGACGCUUCGACUUGAGACCCUGCUAUUGGCAGACGAAGUCAACAAGCAAUUGGGUACGUCGAUCCGUCUUGACUUGCUAGCAACAGCCAUCACAGCACGACAGGCAAAUCACGGUCAUGACUAUGAACGUCUUGAAUUUCUUGGUGAUGCCUUCCUGAAACAAAUUGCUACGGUUGCCGUCUAUCUCAAAUUCCCACACCAUCCAGAGGGCUUGCUGACGUCUGCCCGAACGGCCAUCAUCUCUAACACAAACCUACGCAAGUUGAGCAUCAAACUUGGCUUCCCAGCAGUGAUGCGCACAGUGCCCAUGUCGCGGCCCAAGUGGCGAUAUACAAACAAGGUUGUGGAACCACAAGUGCUUUCGCCUGUCGAGACGACGCAUCGCUUGGGAUUCAAACAAGUGGCUGAUGUGGUUGAAUCUAUUCUGGGUGCUGCCUUCAAGUCGGGUGGGUUCGAUUUGGGCCUCCAAGCAGCUGUGGCAAUGGGUAUUGAAAUGUUUGGCAUCAACUCUUGGGAAGCAGCACGAGCAUUGUACAGCGCUUCGCCGCCACCAUUUUUGCAGCGCGCUCGAACAGUGGACGGCGAGCAGCAAGUGACGAGCAUAUUCGGCUAUCAGUUUGCCAAUAAUGGCUUGCUUGAGCAAGCCUUGCGACAUGGGUCUUGCCACAUUGACGCUGAUGAUCCUGUACCAUCUUAUGAACGGCUUGAGUUGCUUGGCGAUGCUGUGCUCGAUAUUGAAGCGGCUUCGCUCGUCUAUGACCGUUACCCGUCUUACGGUCCCGAUCAGCUGUCCAAUCUGAAGUCAUACAUUGUCUGCAAUAAGACACUUGGCGAGGUGUGUGAAGUGAUUGGCUUGCAAAAGUAUCUGAAGCAAUUCAAUGGAGGCGUUCUGCUUGCACUUGCCGAAUAUGCGACCCGAGCACGGUUUCAGAGGCAGCGAAAGCAAAAGAAUGGCACAAAGGCAGAAGACGAUAUCGCCUCAAUAGUUGCGCCAAAGUUCAUGAGUGACAUGAUUGAAUCAGUCAUUGGAGCCAUCUUUGUCGAUUGUGGAUUUCGCAAUGAGCCAAUUAACAGGAUUUUGCACAAUGUUCUCUUGCCAACACUGGAUCUGGACGCUGCAGCUUCCAUCAAGGCACCAAAGCCAGCCAUGACAUUGCUGUCGGAGUAUUUCCAGAAGUAUCCUUGCAAUGCUGCCGAGUUGCAUAGAGAUGUCGACAAGGACGAAACAGCCCUGAACGCACACAUUGCCGUGCGAGGCCAGCAUACUGAGCAGAAGAGUAAGCUGACAUUGCUGAUUCAUGGCAAGCAACUCCUUCAGAUCGUCGAGCAAUCUCUGGCAAUGGCAAAGUUGGCACUAGCGAACGAAGCGUUGACAUUGCUAAGAGACAACCAGUGGAUGAAGCAAGUGUGUGAUUGUGCAGAGAAGACGUUGGCCAAAAAACUUGCGGCAGCUGAUCCAAUGGACAUCGAAAAGCUUGGCGAGAGUAGCGCAGAUGAGGCAGAUGAGUGAUUGCGAUCCGCCAUCAAAGCAUAUCAUGACAUUUCAAGCAUUUAUAGAAUCCAGCAUAAAGUAGCACGAGCCUUUAAAAUUCUGCUGAUUGCGCUGUGCUUCUGGGCUCUUUU